AUGUUGAUUGGAAAAUAGCAUCUUUUAUUCAGUGAUGUUUGUCAACUAGUUUACCUAAUAUAUAUUAAUCAAGGUUUAUAUAUUAUCAAUUAUUAGCCAUUUCAAUUAUUUUAUUAUCUUUGAUAACUGUACUUUAUGCUAGCAGUAUAAUUUUUGAAGUUUUGCCUGUAAUACUCAAAAAUGAACAGAGAAAUUAAAUUUUUCAUAUAAUUGGAUUCACAAUUAAAAUAAUCUCCUUUUGGUUUGCAUAUUAAAUAAAAUAAGAAUACAUUCUUUGCACUUUAUUAUUAACCCAAAUAUUAUUUAAUAAUAUUGACUUAAAAAAGAAGCCUUAACCUAUACUAAUUUUAGGUUAAAUGAGUCUAUUCAUUUUUAAUUUUGAAUAGAUUGUGCUUGAUUAUGAAUAGAUGUUUAUAAUUAUUGUAUAAUUAGCUAUUUUUAGUUUAUGGUUAUUUAGAGAAAGAUGUAUAUAACAACGACAUAGUAUUGAAGCUGAUCAAUAAAAGAGUUAAUAAGAAUGUUCAAUAAAUAUAUAAGUUGAUGUACUUAAACAAGAAUAGAAUUUUAUUCAUACAAAUUCAACGAAGAGAUUAAAUAUACCACAAAAUUCAUUAUUAUUUAAUGAUUAAUUUGAACUCUUAGAAACACAAAUUAAUUUUGCAGAUUUGAUAACUCAUCAAAAUUAAUAUAAUUAAGCAUUUGAAAUACUUUUAAAUUUAAAUUGUAAUUAUAUUUAAUACACUACGUUAAAAUAAUGUGAACUUAGAAUAAUAGUAUUAUAAAUGUAAAUUGAUGAGCAACUACUCUUAACAAUAGAAAAAAAUGAGUAUUUCAAAUAUGAAAAUAAUGUUAUGUUAAUAAAUUGUAUUGUAGUAGAUGGAAUUAAAUACUUUUAAUUACAAUUUUUUGUUUUACCUCUAAAAAUUAAUGAUAAAGAAGAAAUAGAUGAAUCAAUGGAAAUAGAUAUGUGUAGAUCAUUAUCACAUGAAUUGGGAACAAAUUUAAAUAGCAUAAUAACUUUUACUAAAAUGGCAUUAAAUGAUGACAAUGUCAAUUCAUUUUUUAAAUGUAAAUAUUUAGAACCAAUAAGAAUUAAUAGUGAAUAACUUAAUUUAAUUGUUGGGACAAUUAGAGAUUAUAAUUUAAUAAAUUUAAAGUAAUUCAGUUUGAAAUUAGAAGAGUUAGAUUUAGAAUCUGAAAUUCGAUUUAUUGUAUCAUUACUUAAUGAGAGUAUUGAAAAUAAAAACAUUAAAAUAGAAUAUCAUUUUGAUUUAUAAUCGAAUGUAUUGGUUAAUGAUAAAAUAAGAUUUAGAUAAGUAUUAUUUCAAUUAAUGUAAAAUGCAGUCAAAUAUACAUUUGAAUCUUCAAUAAAUAUAACAAUCUUGAAUGAUAUUUUAGAAUGUUUUAUCUCAAUUACAGACAAUGGAAUUGGAAUGGUAUUAUGUAAUACUAUAUUGUAUAGACUGAAUAGGAAGCAGAAAAUAUGAAUUCAUUGUUGCAAUCUAAUAAAUUUGUAAAAGUUUCAGAAUAAUCAGUUGGAGUUGGAUUGGGACUUGGAAUAUCAAAUUAACUUGUAAAAUAAAUGAGUGGAAAGAAUAAUUCCAUUUAACUUAGUAGAAAUGAUAAUAAAGGAUGUUAAUUUAGCUUUUAUAUAAAGAAUCAUUAAUUGGAAAUGUCAAAGGAAUUUAUGAGAAAAUAAUCAUCAGGAUUCAUUAAGAAGAGCACAUAGACAAUUCGUUUUAUAUCUGCUAAUACAUAUUUUGAAGAUUAAGUAAAAGGAUAAUCUAUUUAAAAAAUACAAUUAUAAAAGAGUUUAAUAUAAACUCAGAAUAAUUCAUAAUAAUAAUUUAAACUACCAUCUACAAAUAGAAUAAAUGCAUAUCAAGAAAACAAAAAUUAGAGUGAAGAAGAUAGUUUUUCAUCUAUUCAUCCUCCUAUCUUAAGUCCAAAAUUUUAGUAAUCUAUUGUACAAUGCAGUCUCAACAGUGACUGUUGUUCAAGAGUAUUAAUUGUAGAUGAUGAAUACUUUAAUAUACAAUGUCUGAAAUUAUUGAUGACUAAAUAUUAAUCAAAAUGUGAUUCAGCCUAUAAUGGAAAGGAAGCAAUAUAAAUUGUAAAUCAUAAGAAACAUCAUCCUUGCAAGAAAUGUGGAAAUCGAUAUUACAGUUUGAUAUUCUUGGAUAUUAAUAUGCCAAUUUAAGAUGGUUAUAAAACAGUUAAAGAAUUGAAACAUUUAAUGAAAUAAUAAAUAAUAAAUAAGGCUUGGUGUAUUGCUAAUACAGGAUUUUGUGAUCUAGAUACAAAACUUAAAAGUUAUGAAGCAGGCAUGGAUUAUUACUUAACUAAACCUUUAGAUUAGAAUGAACUUAGAAGUAUUUUGAAUGUAUUAUUUCCUAUUAAUGAUUACUGA